AUGGGAAGGCAGAGCCUGCGCUCGGGCAUCCUCCUGUUGGCGGCUCUGGUGUCUCUAAAAGGCGAGAAGCUGCCAAACUGCGAGGACGUUCGGAAAGUUUUCCAGCUACGGCAGAUCGGCCCCGCCAAAGGGCUGCCGGAGACCCCGCGGACAGGGGCUGAUCGUCAAGUUUGUACAUCUAAAAAUCUAACGUGUUGUACCAAAAAGAUGGAGGAGAGAUACCAGAUUGUAGUAAAGCAGGAUAUACAACAAGUGCUUCAAACAUCAAGCUCUACUUUAAAGUUUUUAAUAUCUCAUAAUGCAGCUGCUUUUCAAGAAACCUUUGAAAUGCUUAUCAGACAGGCUGAGAAUUACACAAGCAUGUUUUUCUGCAACACAUACAGAAACAUGGCUGUCGAGGCUGCUACGGCUGUUCAAGAGUUUUUUACAGAUGUGGGACUCUUUGUAUUUGGCAUAGACAUUAGUAUUGAAGAACUGGUGAACAGAUUUUUUGACAUCCUGUUUCCAUUGGUCUAUAAUCAUCUGAUUAAUCCUGGUCUGACUGACAUUUCACUGGAAUAUUCAGAAUGCAUUCGAAUGUCACAAAGAGAUAUCAGUCCUUUUGGUAAUGUUCCAAAAAUAGUCAUGGGACAAAUGGGGAGAUCAUUGUUAUUCAGUCGUACUUUCUUGCAGGCCCUCAAUUUAGGGAUUGAAGUGAUCAAUACAACAGAUCAUUUGCAGUUCUCUAAAGACUGUAGCAGAGCCUUACUACGAAUGCAAUAUUGCCCCCACUGCCAAGGAAUGACUUUAAGUAAGCCAUGUAUGGGGUACUGCCUGAAUGUAAUUAGAGGCUGCUUGGCUAACAUGGCAGAAAUUGACCUUCACUGGCGGAGAUAUAUUCAGUCACUGGAAGAGUUAUCCAGUGCAAUGCAUGGGACAUAUGACAUUGAGCAUGUACUUCUGAACUUUCACUCACUUGUUAAUGAUGCUCUGACACAAGCUAGUAUCAAUGGACCAAAAGUAACUGAACAGGUAAACAAGAUAUGUGGUCAUCCUGUGAGAAAGACGACAUUGUCCCCAGGUUAUUCUGAUCAGAACAAAGAUAAUCAAGGGAUGAAGAUGUCCGCAAGAGACAAUGAAGAAACACUGGCCAACAGAAGAAAAGAAUUUAUGAAAAGUCUACGGCUGUACAAGACAUUCUAUGGAGGCCUGGCUGAUCAGCUGUGUAUCAAUGAGUUAGCAGCUGCUGAUGGGCUAGCAUGUUGGAAUGGUGAAGAUGUUGUAAAAAGCUAUACCCACCGUGUGGUUGGCAAUGGAGUCAAAGCUCAGUCUGUGAAUCCAGAAGUAAAAGUGAAAGGAACAGAUCCUGUAAUAAAUCAAAUUAUUGAUAAACUGAAACACAUUAUCCAGCGGUUGCAGGGCAAAUCAUUUCCUAAACAUGAGAAGUGGGGUCUACUACAAACGGGCAGUGGUGUAAGUAUGGAUGAACAAGUCAGUGGAGACUGUGAUGAUGAGGAUGGUUGUGGAGGAUCAGGAAGCGGGGAAGUGAAGAUAAUCCUGCAAAUUGCUGACUCAGGGAUGCCAGACAAGACAAACCUCAGUGACGUAAAGCAAAUCCAUCAAACAGACGGUGGCAGCACUUUAGACACAACUGGAGCAGGAUGUACAGGAAUGGGUGCUUAUAUGACAUUUACGCUGAUUAGUGUGGUAACAUUACUUCUCAGUCUUUGGUAA